AUGGCGUCCGCUACAGAAGCGCCCUAUGCACCUGAUUAUGCUUCGUACAAUUGGACCGGCGCUCCGGCCGAUUAUAGCCUUACGACAAAUGCAGAUCUAGGCGGUGAUUCACGAGUCGAAAAUCUGAACAAAUGGUACCAAUCCGGAGACCAGGCCUACAUCAUCGUCGCAUCGGCCAUGGUCAUGGUCAUGAUCCCUGGUCUAGGUUUCCUUUAUUCCGGUCUUGCCCGCCGCAAGUCUGCUCUCAGUAUGAUUUGGGCUUGUAUGGGUUCCUUUUCGGUCAUCACUUUCCAGUGGUACUUCUGGGGGUAUUCAUUGGCUUUCUCUCCGACGGCAACAAAUGGUUAUAUUGGUGACUUGAAGAAUUUCGGUUUGAUGAACUUGCUUGGUGCGCCAAGUCCUGGUUCGCCAUUGGUCCCGGGGUUGUUGUAUGCUUUCUACCAGAUGCAAUUCUGUGGCGUUACCGCUGCUAUCGUUAUGGGUGCCGUUGCCGAGCGUGGCCGUCUUCUACCCGCCAUGGUCUUCACCUUCAUCUGGGCCACUAUCGUAUACUGCCCUCUUGCCUGCUGGGCUUGGAACAUCAAUGGAUGGGGAUAUACCUACGGAGUGAUGGAUUACGCCGGUGGCGGUCCCGUCGAAAUCGGAUCGGGUCUGUCGGCCCUCGCAUACUCGAUGGUUCUCGGUCGUCGUCAAGAAAGAAUGAUGCUUAAUUUCCGUCCACACAACGUCUCCUUGAUUCUGCUAGGAACUGUUUUCCUCUGGUUCGGCUGGCUCGGUUUCAAUGGCGGUUCUGCUUUUGGUGCCAACUUGCGCGCUACCAUGGCUUGCUGGAACUCCAACAUUGCCGCCAGUUUCGCUGCUAUUGCUUGGGUUCUCCUUGAUUUCCGCUUGGCCAGAAAGUGGUCAAUGGUUGGCUGGUGUUCCGGAACCAUCUCCGGAUUGGUUGCUGCUACCCCGGCAUCUGGCUUCAUCACGCCUUGGGCAAGUGUCGUUCUGGGAAUUGUCACUGGCAUUGUUUGCAAUUAUGCUACCAAGGUGAAAUACUGGAUCAAGAUUGACGACUCUAUGGACGUAUUCGCAGAGCACGGUGUUGCCGGAAUUAUUGGUCUUCUCUUCAACGCUCUUUUCGCAUCCGACGACAUUAUCGGCCUCGACGGUGUCAACACUGGUUCGAAAAACCCUACCACCGGAACACCUCAAGGUGGUUGGAUCAUUCACAACUACCGCCAACUCUAUAUUCAAAUUGCGUAUAUUGUUGCAACGUGCGCAUAUGCAUUUGUUGUUUCCGCGAUUAUUGCAUACCUCAUCAACCUCACACCCGGUCUUCACCUCCGUGCAUCUGAAGAAGCUGAAUUGCUCGGUAUGGACGAUGAUCAACUAGGCGAAUUUGCAUAUGACUAUGUCGAAGUCCGCCGUGACUACCUAGCAUGGACACCACAAAAGGCAGCUCAACUCGAAGAUGGCCAUGAAAUUCCCCAUGCCGACCGAUACGGCAUUGAGGCCCACAGCACUAUGCUCGAAGGCCACACUCCCGAAGACAAGCGCAGCGAAGAUAUCGUCGAAGCCCAUGAUUCUGCCGUCCCUUUGUCAUCAGACCACCACCACCAUCACACCAUGACCCCAUCAUCACACAUACCACUUGCCCCACGACAGGUUGCCGAACAAAACCCACCUGACACCGGGCGAGCUGUGAUUGAUGAAGAAAAGGCUGCAUAG